CGGGGUUGUGGAUGGUGCUGAUGUUGGAGCCGGAGAUGCUCAGAGCGGCGGAGAGGAGCGGAGACCCCCCGGGAUCUCUUCCAGCCCCGGACACACCAUGUGGAUACAGCUGAUGUGUGCGGCGUGUUGCUGCUGGGGGCUCCUAGGGGCAGGGCUUGCUCUGCAGAUCCAGUGCUACCAAUGUGAAGAAUUCCAGCAAGAUGACUGCUCAUCACCAGAAUUUAUUGUCAACUGUACAGUCAAUGUCCAGAAUACAUGUCAGAAGGAAGUCAUGGAGAAGAGUGAUGGCAUAUUAUAUCGCAAGUCAUGUGCUUCAUCAGCUGCUUGUCUUAUCGCUUCUGCUGGAUACCAGUCUUUCUGCACUCCGGGUAAAGUCAAUUCAGUUUGUAUCAGCUGUUGUGACACGUCCCUCUGCAAUGGACCCCGCACCAAAAGGAACAGGAGUGCUGCAGUGAUGCAUCAUGGGAGUGUUCCGGCUGUACUGAUGUUUCUAGUAGUGGCCCUGAUAACAAGGCGGCUAUAGGUGACAUUGCGCUCAGGACUGCCCCCUGCUGGGCCCCCAGGACAGGGACAGAAAUUCUUGUUGGUUUGUUUCAAAAGCAAACAUGACAGGUCACCAAAAAUCUAUUUUUGUUAUAUUUCUUGCUGGGCUGCUCUACAUUUAGUCCUCACUUGUAUUUUAAAUCUGCACUUUAAUAAAGGACAUUUUUUUUGCACACAAAGAAUAAAUGGAAGGAAAUGGAAGUCUGCACAUUUGUUAAUGACAUGACCUGAAAUCGAGUGUUUUAU